AGCUCGCACUAUCAAAGCCGUACGUACCAUUCUUCUUUCCGGUUCGUCUUGAGCUUGCUCCACCCGCAAUGGGAUGCCAGGCGAGCCGCCGGAUCCUCCUCCUCCUCGCCACCAUAGUCGUCGCCGCGUCACUGUCACCACCCGCCGCGGCGCAGACGGCCAGCUGCGCCGACCACACGUUCUCCGGCGGCCGCCUCUACGCAGCAUGCAGCCCGCUGGAGGAGCUGGACGCCAGCGUCCACUGGACGUACCACGCGUCCAACGGCACGGCGGACGUCGCGUUCCGCGUGCCGGGGGGCUCGGCGGGGUGGGCGGCGUGGGCCAUCAACCCGUCCGCGGUCGGCAUGCUCGGCGCCAACACCGUGUUCGCCUACCACGACCCGGCGACCGGCGUGGUGGCGGUCGCGACGGCGGUCGUCGACAGCUACGCCCCCGCGUUCGCGGACGGGGACCUCGCCUUCGCCGUGCACAGGCGCGGCGCCGAGUACACCGACGGCGUGUACGCCAUCCACGCCACGGUCGCGCUGCCGGGGAACAGCACCAGGCAGAACAUCGUCUGGCAGGCCGGCACGUCGUCCCCGGACGGCCUGCCGGAGAGCCACCAGGCGUUCGGGGACAACGUCAUGUCGUCCCGGAGCUGGGACUUCAGGUCGGCCGAGGCGGCGGUCGUCGUCGACGAUGUCCCUGCCGCGCCAAGGGACACCGUCUACCGCGCACUGCUACGCCCCAAGAAUCUGGUUUGUACGUGCGUGCAGAUCCAUGGCGUGCUGAAUGCCGUGAGCUGGGGCGUGCUGCUCCCUCUCGGCGUCAUACUGGCGAGGUACAUGAGGGUGUUCCCAUCGCUCGAUCCGGCAUGGUUCUACCUCCACGUCGCCUGCCAAUGCAGCGGCUACGUGAUCGGGGCGGCCGGUUGGGUCUUCGGCCUCACGCUCGGCAGCCCGGCAAAAGGCGCCCUGCAGCACCAUGGCCACCGCAACAUCGGCACCGCGCUUUUCGUCCUAUCAACGCUUCAGGUUUCUGCCUUGCUGAUCCGCCCUAAGAAGACCGUCAAAGUUCGCUUCUACUGGAACCUGUACCACUGGUCCGUCGGCUACACCGUGGUCGUUCUGGGCGUCGUCAAUGUCUUCAAGGGCAUCGGCAUCCUACAACCUGAUCACAAGUACAAGAACGCCUACCUUGGUGCCGUUCUGGUGCUCGCUGUGGUGGCCUUCGUCUUGGAGCUUGUGACGCUGACGGUCAGGUUCAAGAAGGGCCGGCAGUAAAAACUCCUGUCGUGGUGCUUAGACUGCCUUGGGCUUAUCUGCGUGGUCAUUUGAUGUACUGCAACCGAUCAUGGCUCGGCAAAAUAGUAUUUUGAGGGUAUACAUGUAAAACUGGGGAAGAUGGAACGGUAAGUUGUUUUUGUACAGUAGUGUUGGUUCUUCCUGACAUUAUCUACGGUAAUGAGCGGGCAGUGUAGCCGUGAUGACAGUUUUGACCGAAGUUUAUACA